AUGCAGUCUCUGGGAGGGCCCUUAGGGGCUCCGCCGACCGCGACAAGGCCUUUGGAGGCGCCGUCGCCCCAUGGAUUGCCCCUAGGGGCGGCGCUGCCCCUAGAAAGACCCCAGGGCGCCACCACCACUAUCAGAGUCUCUGUGGUCGCCCCCGCCUCUGGCAAAGCCUCUAAGGGCGCCACCGCAUCUAGGAGGGACCCGAGAGAGCCCUUCGUUCCUGGUAGGGCCCCUGGGAGUACCCCUAGCGGUGUCGCCGCCCCUGGAAGGGUCCUUGGGGUAGUCACCACCACUGUCAGGGCCCCUGGGGACGCCGCUGCCCCUGAAAGGGGCCCUGGGGGUGCCGUUGCCUCUGGAAGGGCCCCUGGGAAAACUACCGCCCCUGGGAGAGCCCAUGGGGUCGCCGCUGCCAUUAAGGAUAGCCGCUUGGUGCGCCGCCUCCCCUAG